CAGCUGGAGGUGAAGACUUGUCAUCUGAAGGGAACCAUGGCCAACAGUGAGCGCACCUUCAUCGCCAUCAAGCCUGAUGGGGUCCAGCGGGGGCUGGUGGGAGAGAUCAUCAAGCGGUUGGAGCAGAAGGGGUUCCACCUUGUUGGUUUGAAAUUUCUGCAGGCUUCAGAGGACCUUCUCAAGGAGCACUACACUGACCUGAAGGACCGCCCCUUCUUUACUGGCCUGGUGAAAUACAUGCACUCAGGACCAGUGGUUGCUAUGGUCUGGGAGGGGCUGAAUGUAGUGAAGACAGGCCGCGUGAUGCUUGGAGAAACCAACCCCGCAGACUCUAAGCCUGGGACCGUACGAGGAGACUUUUGCAUCCAAGUUGGCAGGAACAUCAUUCAUGGCAGCGAUUCUGUGAAGAGUGCAGAGAAGGGAAUCAGCUUGUUUCAGCCUGAGGAGCUGGUGGAGUACAAGCGCUGUGCGCAGAACUGGAUCUGUGAGUGA